UUACAGAUAACUGUCGCAGUUGCAUCGUCAAAUGAAAAUCAAAAUAUUACGUUGAAUAAACCACAUCAUAAUGCCACAGAAGUAAAGAGCAUCAAAAAUACGACUACCGAUGAUAUAAAUGACAAAGUAUCUAAUUCAACUACCAAAGAUCAAAUCAUUGAAGUACCCCAAAAAGACAAUCACAACGUUACAGAGAAAUCCGCAGGUGAUACCCAAACAGCUUUAAAUGAACAAUCUACUAUAGAAUCUGAAUAUAUACUAAAUGAUAACAAUGAUACUCUAUUGAAAUAUAUUUACAAGAAAAAUGAAAAAGAAAAUUUACCACUAAAGACAAAAGGACAUGUCCAAAAUAGCUUGAAAAGGAGAAAAAGGUUCAUCAAUUCAUCCGAUUCUGAAAUUGUUCCCAAAGCAAAAAUUCUAUCAGUUCCAGUACAUUAUCUAGAUAGCAAUCAAGGUAAUAUUAAGGAAGAGCAAUUUUUACCUGUAACACAAACGAGGGGAAUUGUUCAAAGUUCCAACUUGGCAGAUUUUAAUAUAGAGACAAUUCACAACGAUGAAGCAAAACCAGCAAAUGGCGUAAACAUUAAGGGAAAUAACUAUCCUAAUGCAGCUAUUAAUGCUAAAUUUUAUCCUAGACUACAAAAUGAUGAAACUAAAGAAGAAUCACAAGAAAGUGUUGAAAACAAUCAAAACAACCAUCGUUUGAAAAAUGAUGUAAAAAUUAAGGACUUUAGUGAAAAUCGAAGCGGAAGUGAAGAAACUUCAAGUAGUUUUGAAAGUGAAAGUGUAGAAACUCCAAAUAUUUCGACUUCCUCUGAAUAUAAUAAAGAUAGUAAAGAAACAGAAAAAUACAGAGAUAGCGUUAACCCAAUACCACGCAAAAGAAAACAAAGCGAUGAAAAUCAUGAGAGUGAUAAAUCUUACGAGUCGUCUAUAGAAAAUAGUAGCGAAGCUAGCCAAGGGUACAUAGGAAAACCUAUCGAACUUCAUAGUGAUCAAGGAAAUAAAAACAAACCACUGAUAGUACCAAAGCAAGAAGCAGAAGAUUACAUAAAUCUUGAAAUUAAUAAAAGUGAUGUAGAAAAAUUUCCGAAGGUAUCUCGUGAAAAAUAUACUAAAGACGAUACCGUAGACUCUUUGGAAACACCAAAAAUAAGCGAAGAAGUGAGUAAUGAGAGUAAAAGUGAUGAAAGUAAAGAAAUAUAUACAGAUUCUAGUUCCGUAGAAGAGUCAAAGGAUAUUAAGAGUGAAAAGCAAACCCUAAUUAAUGAUGAAGAAAUAAAACCUGUAGUAGAACUAAAUAACGGAAGCAUCGAGUCUAGCGAAGAAGUUUCAGAAGAAGAUGGUAAUUCACGUUUAAAAAAUAACAGCAAAUUAGUGUCACUUACUCCAGUAAAGAUCUUCGAUACAAAGAACGAGGAAAUAUCCGCGCUAAAUGAUAAUUUGGACAAAAUAAACAUUAAACAACAAUUCGAAAGAAUUCCCUUAGAUUACAUUCAUGCAAAUGAAGUAAAUAAAAAUAAUACCAGCAAUACUACAGCCUCGCAUAUCAAACCGACCGAAAUUUCAAGUGAAGAAAAAGACAAAGAAGGUACUUUAGACACAUUGUCGCCAAUUAAUCCUACAUAUGACGAUGAGUUAAAUAUAAAAUUCCAUGACGUAUCUAUAAAACUCCCAGAAAUAAAACUGCCCGAAGACAUUUUGUCUUACGCGUACGAUGGGCCAUAUUAUGAAACGAAAAAAGGUAAAGAUAAAGAAGGUCAAAAACCAAAAUUCUACUAUAAUUACGAAGACGACGAUUUAGAUGAAAAUACCAAAGAAAAAAAUAUAUAUGAGGAAGACGAUUUUAACGAUUAUUACAAAGAAGAUAAAGAAUAUGAUAAUGUAAAACAGAACAGUAAAAUAAAGAAUGAAGACGACGACAGCGAAGAUCUUUAUGAAAAAUUCGUUCGAGAAAGAUUUGGAAAAAAAUCUAUAAAGCAGAGAUCCCAAAAAAUACAAGAUGAAAGUAUUCCAUCUCAACUAAAACUUCGCAAAACAUUAAAAAAUAUUCUAAAAAAGACUGAAAAUGUAAAAAAAGAAGCUGAAAAAAGUGGAGAUCCUAAUGCUAAUUAUAUGUGGACACUCGAGUAUGGUGAAAACCUUUAA